AUGAAGCUUGUGCUCUCCUCUCUUCUCUUGGCUGUCGCGUCGGCCGUCCCGCUUCAGCUAUGCACGGUGGACGGCAUGUUCCUCUCCGAGUACGAAAAGUCACUCUACGCCGACGUCCGCCGCAACAACAAGAACGAACAUUUUGACUACGACCCGACGACCAAGUUGCUCAAGGCCACGUCCAACGGCCAGUGCGUGUGCGCCGAGUCGGGCAAGCUCGUCACGGAGAAGUGCGACCCCAACGACGCCUCGCAGCACUGGGAGGUGGACUUGAACCACGUGUUCGCGCCGGGGGCCUAUUCGUGUCUCCAGACCUCGACGCCCGGUGUGCCAGUCGGCCUCGCCAAGUGCGUGUGGGAGACAUCGAUCACGGCGGGCCAGUUCCUCACCGACUGCAGCACCGGCGUGCCAGAGUACGUGACGAUCACGUCGGUCAGCAAGAACCGCCUACUCGAGUUCCAGACGGGUCUGUAUGCCCGCCCGAGCGAGGACAUUGCCAACCAAGUCUUUGCGUGGGACAAGGCCAACAAGAUGCUCAAGAGCGCGAGCAACGGCCAAUGUCUCGACGCCUUCAAGGACGCCAACGGCAAGGUCCAAGUGCACACGUACGCGUGCGACGUCAAGAACAGCAACCAAAAGUGGAACUUCAACCCGAGCACCAAGACGCUCGAGCACGCGACCCAUGCUGGUCAGUGCCUGGAUGUCGACCACAGCGACUUCCACGUACAAAUGUGGGCGUGCGUCCCCGGCAACACGAACCAAAUGUGGACUAUUACGUCGUACAAUGCCGAGGCACGUCGUAAGUGGUAA